AUGGCUACCACAAAGCCCGCAGUCCACCCACUCCUUGCUGCAUACCUGCAACAGCUCAGCACACGCCCUCUAACUACCAAGGCUGUGACAUCAGGCAUUCUCUCAUUCUUGCAGGAGAUUCUUGCAUCUCAUAUUGCCCGUGUCCCUUCCUCGCUACCUCCUAAGAAUGCUCCCACAUAUUCUCGUGCACUCGCUGCUGCCAAAAUUGACGCACGCGCACUGAAGCUUGCGAUAUAUGGGUUCUUUAUUAGUGCACCAAUGAACCACUUCUUCGUUGGGCUGCUACAACGUGCGUUUGCUGGACGCACAGGAACGGGCGCCAAAAUAGCUCAAAUCGUUGCCAGCAACUUGAUUGUGGCACCCAUUCAAUGCGCCGUAUAUCUGGCCUCUAUGGCCAUCGUAAACGGUGCCAAGACUACUGAAGAAAUCAUCAAGACUGUCAAGGGAGGAUUCACCAAGGUUAUUAGACUUCAAUGGAUAACUUCUCCGAUAGUCAUGGUUAUUGCUCAAAAAUUCAUCGCUCCGGAACUCUGGGUUCCUUUCUUCAACAUGAUCCAGUUUAUGAUGGGUACAUUCUUUAAUACACAAAUCAAGAAGGCCAAACUCCGUCAAGAACGUGCUGCUCAAGCUCGCAAAGACCUUGAAAAUUCCAAAAAAGCGUAG